AUGCAGGGGCGGACGGUCGUCUGGUGUAGAUGGACGACCAUCUUCCCCCCACGGCCACUCCUGGACGACCGUUUGGCUGGGUUGGAUGGUCGUCUGCCCCCAACGGCUAACCCUGGACAGCCAUCUACUUUGAAUGGACGGCCAUCUGGCCCCAACGGCCACUGGCGGAUGGCCGUCUGGCCUAAGUGGACGGUCGUCC